GCGGUCUGACGUCACACUAUCGCGAUAAGUGAGUUCCGGGAUUAGCAGUCCGGCAGGAACCAAGGCUGUGGGCAUUACCUGCGCUGCGGGGCGUUUAUACAGCGACCCGGGAUUGCCGGCUGCGAUAAGGAUCCGGGGAGUACUGGGGGGCAUGCCCGGGGCAUUUCAUUCCUGGCAACGGAAGCCCCAAUCUGAGCCCUGAAAUGCCUGCCGGUAUAUGUGGUUGCUGUGGGGCACUACGCCCGCGCUACAAACGCCUGGUGGAUAACAUCUUUCCUGAAGAUCCCAGGGAUGGACUUGUCAAAGCGGAUAUGGAAAAGCUUACCUUCUAUGCAGUUUCUGCCCCAGAAAAACUGGAUCGGAUCGGCGCCUACCUUGCUGAAAGAUUGAGCAGAGAUGUUAUGAGGCACCGCUAUGGGAAUGUGUUCAUUGCGAUGGAAGCGCUGGACCAGCUCCUCAUGGCGUGCCAUUCCCAGAGCAUCAAGCCCUUUGUCGAGAGCUUCCUCCACAUGGUGGCAAAGCUGCUGGAGUCGGGGGAGCCCAAACUACAGAUAUACGGAACAAAUUCUUUUGUCAAAUUCGCCAACAUUGAAGAAGACACCCCUUCCUACCACAGGCGAUACGACUUCUUUGUUUCCCGAUUCAGCGCUAUGUGCCAUUCGUGUCACAAUGAUCCCGAAGUCCGAAAAGAGAUUAGGAUCGCGGGUAUUCGGGGCAUCCAAGGUGUCGUACGCAAGACUGUGAACGACGAGCUGCGCGCAACUAUAUGGGAACCUCAGCAUAUGGACAAGAUUGUCCCCUCUCUGCUGUUUAACAUGCAGAAAAUAGAAGACACUGAUAGUCGAAUUGGCCCUCCAGCAUCUCCAACGGCUGGGGAUAAAGAAGAGAACCCGAGCAUUUUGGCUGAAAACUGUUUCCGGGAGCUUCUGGGAAGGGCGGCGUAUGGAAACAUGAAUAACGCUGUGAGGCCGGUCUUUGCCCAUUUGGACCAUCACAAACUGUGGGAAUCAAACGAAUUCGCUGUAUCCUGCUUCAAAAUCAUAAUGUACUCUAUACAGGCGCAGUACUCUCAUCAUGUGAUCCAGCAGAUCCUUCUUCACCUGGAUUUACAUAAAAAGGACUCCCCUCGAAUCAGAGCUGGUAUUGUCCAGGUCCUUCUGGAAGCUGUAGCUAUUGCAGCCAAAGGAUCCAUCGGCCCCACUGUUCUGGAGGUGUUUAAUACCCUCUUAAAGCAUCUGACCCUAAGUGUUGACUUUGAGCUUGGCGACAGGCGGAGUUCUGCGGGUAGUGCCGUGUUCAGCUCCUCCAGCGCUAAAGAGAGCGACGAAAGGAUUGUUCAGAAUGCCAUCAUUCAGACUAUUGGUUUCUUUGGAAGUAAUUUGCCAGAUUACCAGCGAUCAGAGAUCAUGAUGUUCAUUAUGGGCAAAGUACCAGUGUUUGGAUCAUCUCCGCACAUGCUGGACACAAGCCAACUGGGGGAUAUGGGAACCAAAAGAAUCCAAAUUAUGCUGCUGAGAUCAUUACUCAUGGUGACUUCAGGGUAUAAAGCAAAGACUAUUGCCGCAGCGCUCCCCCCAGCCUUUCUGGACCCCCUCCUGUCUCCUUCUCUCAUGGAAGACUGUGAACUGAGGCAGCUCGUUCUUGAAAUACUGCACAAUCUGAUCGAUCGCCAUGACAACAGAGCUAAAUUAAGAGGCAUCAGAAUAAUUCCUGAUGUUGCCGACCUCAAAAUAAAGCGUGAGAAGAUAUCCAGGCAAGAUGUGAAUUUUAUGAAGAAGCACGGGCAGCAGUUGUACCGACACAUCUACCUUGGCUGUAAGGAAGACGACAACGUCCAUAAGAACUAUGAGCUGCUCUACACCACUUUGGCCCUCUUGACCAUUGAGCUGGCAAAUGAAGAAGUCGUCAUUGACCUCAUUAGAGUUGCUAUUGCUUUGCAGGAUAUAGCGAUUACUAAUGAAGACAACCUUCAGAUGUUUAACCGCUGCGGCAUCAUGGCCAUGGUAGCAGCCUAUCUGAACUUCCUCAGCCAGAUGAUUGCUGUUCCUGCCUUCUGCCAGCACGUCAGUAAGGUCAUAGAGACCAGGAAUAUGGACGCAGCCUAUUUCUUGCCAGAAGUAAUUUUCAGAGAUAAAUACAGUCUCCCCAAGUCCCUGGAGAAACAUGAAAAAAAUCUGAUCUUCCUGACCAACAAGAUAGCGGAGUCCCUAGGUGGCAGUGGGUAUAGCGUGGAAAGGUUAUCCAUACCGUAUGUGCCCCAAGUUACAGAUGAAGACCGACUCUCUAGAAGAAAGAGCAUUGUGGAUACCAUCUCUAUCCAAGUGGAUAUUCUGAGUGGAACCAACACAGAGGACAAGGUUAACACUGAAGAAAUCACAUUUGAAUCACUGAAAAAAGCAAUUGACAAUACGGGAAUGGAAGAGCAAGAGAAAGAGAAGCGGCGCCUUGUUAUUGAGAAGUUCCAGAAAGCUCCAUUUGAAGAAAUCGCUGCUCAGUGUGAAUCCAAGGCUAAUCUGCUUCAUGAUAAAUUAGCACAGAUACUGGAGCUGACAAUAAGGCCACCUCCAAGCCCCUCAGGAACCUUAACCAUGACUGCUGGGCAUGCUCAGUACCAAUCUGUUCCUGUGUACGAAAUGAAGUUCCCGGACCUUUGCGUGUACUAAAUGCGUAUGAGCACAAUGCUGAUAAAUAGAUCCGUUCUACUCUCUCACUCCAUAUUCCGCCCCCAGAAUGACUGUGAUUAGAAAUGUGACACCGCCAAAUGCACAAAUGGGGGAGACAGUUGCAUAGUGGCAACGGGUGGACUUUCCCAACCAAAUUCAUGAUACCAAAAUUCCAUCCUACACCCGUCCGCAUAUAAAUCUCUUCUCCUACCUGAGAAUCGGUGAUCAGCAAAGAUUUAAAUGCAACUUUGGAGGAAGCAGACCCCAUGCUCCGCCCCCCAACCCCGCCCCCCCAAGUUCUGCUUCCUCUAUUGUCACGUCACUGGCCCUUUGUGUGUAUAUAUGUAUAUAUUUGAUAUUACGUUGCACUUAAAACCCUCAAAAUACCAUCAUUUUUUUACCAUGAAAAUACAACUUCUUAAAAAAAAGUCACCAAAAACAAACCUGCCAAAAAGGAGUUAAAAACACCUUUUCUUUAUUUCUUCUGUUUUGCCAAAAUGUUGCUUUAUAGAAAGUUUGUCUCAUGGUUACAUGAUUGACGCAGUAACUAACAAGCAGGCGCGAUGGUGACUUCUACCACUGCCCAAAAUUGCAUUUUUACACAUAUUUUUGUGAAAUAGAAAAGGCAAUGUAAUAACCAGGGCAACAUUUGAUCCAAAUGCUACUCAGUGGGUUCAGUUCAGUGGUCGACUGUUUAAAAGAAACCAUUUGAUCACUCCUAAACCCCCCAGUCAUAGCAGUAACCAAUCAGUGACUGUUACUAAUUCCCGUUAUCCUAUUGCCCUUUGUGGCUGCUGUGCCCCAUGAAAGGCAAAUAAUCUCAUCCCUUUGCCCCCAUUGGUUUUAACCCUAGUUAUAAUAUGUUUUGGUCAUUUUAUGCUGUUAUCAUUUUAUUUGCACUUUUGCACUAGUAACUGUAUAGUCUAUCUUCUCUUCCCAAAAACCAAUCAUUUUGAUAUUGUAAAUAGUUCAGCGCGUUCCAGUCCAGUUUGUUUCAAAAGUUGUGUGAUUUCUUAUGAUCAGUAUCCAUUGUGUUUCAGCCAAAUUUUGACAUAGCCACAGAACGUCUUUGCCGGGAUAUCAUCCUCGCAUUCUGCUUCUUUGCUGUCCAGAAAUGCUGGGAGUUACAUGUUCAGUAAGAGGGUCCAUGUUGCAUAUCAAAGUUUUAUAAAAUAAAUAUCAAUUACCCUCCUAAAAGAUAAGGGUAAAAGAUCUCAUAUCCAGUAUGUUGGCCCUCAACUGAAUCCUGAUGAUUUUAUUGAGUCUGAAUGUAGGGUUCUAGAUGCUGCAGCUCUUACUGAAACGAAAAUGGCUGAAAAUGACUAUUUCACUACUAGAGUGUCCUUGUUUGAAUAUCAUUAUUUGAAGAGAAGUUGGGCAGAUUUGAAGUCCAAAGGGCCAUCUACUAUGCAUCCCUCUUCUAAGGGAAGGUGGUCAGAUCUGGACUCUAAAGGGCCAUCUUCUAUACAUCCCUCUUCUAAGGAAAGAUGAUUAGCUCUGAAGACCAAUUGGACAUCUACUAUACAUCCCUCUUCUAAGGAAAGAUGAUUAGCUCUGAAGACCAAUUGGACAUCUACUAUACAUCCCUCGUCUAAGGAAGGAUGGUUAGAUUUGAAGUCCAAAGGGCCAUCUGCUAUACAUCCCUCUUCUAAGGAAAGAUGGUUAAAUGUGAAGACCAAAGGGACAUUUGCUAUACACCCCUUUUCUAAGGAAAAAUGGUUAGAUCUGAAUACCAAAGGGCCAUCUUCUAUACAUCCCUCUUCUAAGAAAGGAUGGUUAGAUCUGAAGACCAGUUAGACAUCUACUAUACAUCCCUCGUCUAAGGAAGGAUGGUUAGAUCUAAAGUCCAAAGGGCCAUCUGCUAUACAUCCCUCUUCUAAGGGAAAGUGGUUAGAUCUGAAUACCAUAAUAUGACCAUAGCGUGCAGGUCUCUUUUCCAAGGACUAAUGGUCAGAUGGAAAGACCAUAGGUGUAUCAGGUUGCAGAUCCCAGUUCUAAGAAGAAGCAGUCAGAUCUAAAGGCUAUAUUCAUAGAAACCAUAAGUAUCAUCUGUGGAAACUUGUAUGCAUUUGACUAGAACAAAUAUGCUAUGUAUUGACUUGGCUACAGUAUCAACAAAACCGAACCACUGUGUUUCAUUGAAUGUACGUAAAACAUAGAUAGCAGAACUUCAGGUGAUGAUCAGCUUGAUGGGACUAAGUGAGGAGACUGCAAUAAUGUUAGUUUACAAGCUUUAGUAGCCUAUCUGUGUUGAUAUUUCUGCUGCUGCAACAUAUCCGAUUAUGCUGGUGCAGUUGGUCGUCUUGAUGUGUUUGUUUUUCUGUGCAAUUCUGAGUGCUUUUACGUCUUUUGCCCCUACUUGGGAGUGGUGAUCCUAAACCUCCGCGGGUCACCAGUGCAUGGUUUCUGAGUUACCCAUAAUGCUGUUCGUGCCCGGUGGUUACGACUCAUUUUGUUAAAAGUAGUGGGGAACCAAACCACUCCCUCUGUGGCAUUGCAUUUGUGUCUAGCCAAUAAAUACUGUGCUUGAUAAUAAGUACUCUGUCUAUAGGGUAGUAAGUACUCCGUCUAUAGGGUAGUAAGUACUCCGUCUAUAGGGUAGUAAGUACUCCGUCUAUAGUGUAAUAAGUGCUCUGUCUAUAGGGUAAUAAGUACUCAGUCCGUAGUAUUAAUGUGCAAUAUAUUUACACUCGUCUGCUAUCCCGCAAUGCAAAAAGUGUUCAUGCGUUUCGCUUUAUAUUCUCGCAGCCUGCGUCAGAUUCGUUAUUUUAUACACUCGAAAGUAUAGCUCUAAAGAAAUAGAUUUCAAUUAUCUCGACGUCUUCGUAAGUCAGAAAGGUUCAAAUCUUAUCCUAAAAAUAUAUUUUGUAUAAGAAAAUAUAGAAAUCCGCCAGAGUAUGGUUCUUCGCUAUUAAAAGACUUAAGUUUAGUCUAUUUUAAAACCAAAAUAAAGUAUCUAUAGCUUCGCCGCGACUGAAAAACGUUGUUUCUGAAAUAUUUUUGAAAAGGGUUAUGAAACGAUAUGUGCAAUGCAAUUAAUGUACAGGAACGGCAGGGGUUUGUUUACAAAAGCUACUGACCAUUCGAUCCUUUGGUUUUAAGGUUUAAGGCAGUAAGUGUAUAAUUUUUUGUUGUUGUUUUUUAUCAUUUAGAACCUGAUAUAAAUGUUUAGACUUUUGUUUUUAAAGUUUCUUUGAAGAGUUUCAUUUAAACGAAUAGGUUUUAUUUACAAAUUAAAUUCCUAAAAAAAAUACUUUGCCCAAUAUUGGCUGAAAGUUGCUGCUUUUUCGCGUGGAGGUUUUAUUUGUGUGCCAGUUUGUAUGUGUUAAAUCUGUGUCGGCAGUAUCCAUGUAUGUACGGGUUCCCUGCACAAUGUACAAUAAAACAAUGGCUCAAACUC